GUGGAGGAGAGGGCUCUGGCACAGGAAAAGAUUCCCAAGGUCAGUGACCAGCUGAGGGAGCUUGAAAAGGCGGAAGGACGCGCUGUGGACGAGCUCUACGCCAUUUACGAGAAAGGCUGGUGGUCGCUGGCGUCCUACGGCCGCAUCGUUCAGCUGAAGCGGAAAAUCGACAAGUGGCGCGAAGAAUAUGAUGAGCUCUGGGCAAAGUAUAAGAGACUCGGUACGAUCACACACACGGGCACACGGGCCUUCUCUUUCUCAUGUGCGUCUUUCCUUGCCCCGCCCGCUCUGCUGUCCUUGUGUGUGUGAUCACUCAGAAGGGCCACCGGGCCCGAAGACCUGGCUUGACUUAUUCCCGUAG